AUUUGCAAUCGCACUCCACACAGAUUCGCGAAGAAGAAGAAGAAGAAGAAGGAGAGGCAGUAUGAAGACGAAGAAGCCACUGGCGGCACUCAAGCUCUCCGUUCCGACUCAAGAGACCAACAUUUCCAGCUUCCUGACCGCUAGCGGAACAUUUCACGAUGGAGACUUGCUUUUGAAUCAGAAAGGAUUGAGAUUAGUUUCACAGGAGAAUGAAUCUCAGCCUUCAGAAUCAAAGGAGAUUGACCUCCAGUUCUCAUUGGAAGAUCUUGAGACCAUCAAAGUCAUUGGAAAGGGAAGUGGAGGUGUAGUCCAGCUGGUUCGCCAUAAAUGGGCUGGCACUUUGUUUGCUUUGAAGGUUAUUCAAAUGAAUAUACAAGAGGAAAUUCGUAAACAAAUUGUGCAAGAGCUGAAAAUAAAUCAAGCAUCACAAUGUCCUCAUGUGGUUGUUUGCUAUCACUCGUUCUAUCACAAUGGAGCUAUUUCUCUGGUGUUUGAAUACAUGGAUCGCGGAUCAUUAGCAGAUGUAGUAAGACAAGUUAAGACAAUUCUUGAACCAUAUCUUGCGGUUGUUUGCAAGCAGGUCUUACAAGGUCUUGUCUACUUGCAUAAUGAGAGGCAUGUAAUCCACCGCGACAUUAAACCUUCAAACCUGCUUGUGAACCACAAAGGAGAAGUGAAAAUUACAGAUUUUGGCGUGAGUGCAAUGCUCGCCAACUCUAUGGGUCAAAGAGACACAUUUGUUGGGACUUACAACUACAUGGCUCCUGAAAGAAUUAGUGGAAGCACCUAUGACUAUAAGAGUGACAUCUGGAGUUUGGGCAUGGUGAUCCUUGAGUGUGCCAUUGGACGUUUCCCUUACAUACAGUCUGAAAACCAGCAAGAAUGGCCAAGCUUUUAUGAACUCUUGCAAGCAAUUGUGGGAAGUCCACCACCUGCUGCUCCACCAGAUCAAUUUUCCCCAGAAUUCUGUUCAUUUGUCUCUGCUUGCAUACAGAAGGAUCCGAGAGACAGAUCUUCAGCUUUGGACCUCUUGACGCACGCUUUCAUCAAGAAGUUUGAAGACAAGGACAUUGAUCUCAGCAUCCUGGUUGGUAGCCUGGAACCUCCUGUAAAUUUCCCACGGUAAUUGUGUUGCUGCAAUGAUCUGUACUCAUUAAAAAAAACUGCUUCCCCAUUAAUAGCUAGCGAUUAUCUCAACCGUUGCGUACACUGAGAGUAGCAUUCUGCUGUACUUUUCUUGAACCCAGAUUCUAUACUAUUUUCAUUUUCAGUCAUGUGAAAUAUGUAGUAAGCCCUGCUAUUGCUGUUUUAUAUUUGUUCCUAAUGCAAUGCGUUUAAAUGAUGUUGUAGAGAUCAUUGUAGAAAAAAUGGCAGUGUAAUACAUGCAUCUCCAAUUCAUGGUUUAACUUUGAUUU